AUGAAGAGAGAUCGUUCAGAAAAUUCCGUUGAAAAUACAACUGAUCCUAAGCACAGCAAAAUUGACAAUGAUGAUCCAUUGAUACCCUUCAUGAAAGAUUUCGAAGACAUUCAAAAAGAUAUAGAACAACUCGAUAUAAAAUGCGCACAUGAACAAAUGAACAUCCAGAAGCAGUAUGACGAGAAAAAAAAACCACUUUUUGAAAAGAGAGAUGAAAUUAUCCAGAAGGUUCCAGGUUUUUGGGCAAACACUUUGAGAAAACAUCCAGCAUUAAAUGAUAUAGUACCAGAAGAUAUUGAAAUUUUAAAUUGUCUAGUAAAGUUAGAUUUAAAAGAUAAUAUGGAUAACAAUGGAUCUUAUAAAAUAACGUUCACAUUUAAUGAAAAGGCGAAGGAAUAUAUGGAACCACUAACUCUUGUGAAACAUGUGACAUUUGAUAAUAAUCAAGAAAAGGUUGUUGAAUGCACUCGUAUUAAAUGGAAAGAUGGAAAAAGUCCAAUUGCAGCUGUUUCUAAUAAUAGAUCUGAUUUAGAUAAUGAAAUGCCAAAAUGGUCUAUAUUUGAAUGGUUUACAACAGAAGAAUUACAAGAUAAACCAGAUGUAGGAGAAUUAAUUAGAAGAGAAAUUUGGCACAACCCAUUGUCAUAUUACCUAGGUCUUGAAGAUUUUGAUGACUUUGAUGAAGAUUUUGAUGAAGAAUUUGAUGAUGAAGAUGAAGAAGAUGAUGAAGAUGAUGACGAUGAUGAUGAUGAAGAUGAGGAAGAGGAUGAUGAAGAUGACGAAAAGGAUGAAGAAGAGGAUGAUGAAGAUGACGAGAAGGAUGAGGAAGAGGAUGAUGAUGCAAAGGAGGAUGAAAAUGAUGACUAG